UGCCCGCUAUAGAAGACCUCGCUUAGCGAUGCCGGCAGCGAUUUUUCCGGGCGGAUCUGCCUGAGCGCCUGCCUUCCCUCCGAGCACAAAGGAGGCCCGUCGUUCGCAUCCUCCCCAUCCUUGCCGUCCUUCCCGCAGGCUCUGGCGGGGGAUCCCGGGGCCGCUGCGGAGCCGCUGCCAGCGCUCGGCGGGCUGCCAUGGGUGGGAGGUAGCGCUGCUGCGCCUGGGCGAAGGACACCGAUGGAUGCUGCCGCUCCUUAGGGACGCGCUGGCGAGGGACGGGGCUCGGCUGUGCCUGCUCAGCACUUCGCGGUCCAGCGGCGCCGGAGCCGGCGCUCGCAGGAUGCUCGCAGCGAUUUAAAACCAGCGGCCGGGAGCCUGCAGCGAGCCAGAGCGGCUGCGGAGCGAUCACCAUGAAGGAGCGGCGCUCGGGGAGCACCUGACUGGAUGGAUGCUUCUGGCUGAGCAGCAGCGUCGCCGCGGAGAGCCCGGAGUGAGCCCGAAGCCGCUCGCGCGGUUGCCGCGGCCAAGUUCGCGUUCCUCGGCCGGCGGCAUCGCGGGCACGCAGCGCGGCUCUCCCGGAGCCCCCGGUGCUCGGGGAGUCCCAGGUCGGGGCUUUGCCGGCCGAGCCGGGCAGCUGCAGCCCGCGGGGGGCCGGGGGUCCGCCCGCCACCCGGCCGGGGCGCCGCGGGCGCGAUGCAAGUGUCCAUCGCCUGCACGGACCACAACUUGAAGAGAAAUGGUGAAGACAGGCUCAUCAGCAAGCAGAACACCACGACCCCGAACGUAGUGAAUGCAGCCCGGGCAAAAUUUCGGACAGUGGCUAUUAUCGCUCGCAGUUUGGGGACAUUUACCCCGCAGCACCACAUUUCAUUAAAAGAAUCCACCGCAAAGCAAACGGGCAUGAAAUAUAGAAACCUUGGCAAGUCCGGGCUGAGAGUGUCGUGCCUGGGGUUGGGGACCUGGGUUACUUUUGGAGGUCAGAUCUCAGACGAGGUGGCCGAGCAGCUGAUGACCAUCGCCUACGAGAGCGGCGUGAACCUGUUCGACACGGCCGAGGUGUACGCGGCCGGCAAGGCCGAGGUGAUCCUGGGGAACAUCCUGAAGAAGAAGGGCUGGAGGAGGUCCAGUUUGGUGAUAACCACAAAGCUGUACUGGGGUGGCAAAGCUGAGACGGAGAGAGGCCUUUCCAGGAAACACAUCAUUGAAGGGCUCAAGGCUUCUCUCCAGAGGCUGCAGCUGGAAUAUGUGGACGUGGUCUUUGCCAACCGGCCGGACAACAACACCCCCAUGGAAGAAAUCGUGCGGGCGAUGACGCACGUGAUCAACCAGGGCAUGGCCAUGUACUGGGGCACGUCCCGCUGGAGCGCCAUGGAGAUCAUGGAAGCCUACUCCGUGGCCAGGCAGUUCAACAUGAUCCCACCCGUGUGUGAGCAGGCCGAGUAUCAUCUGUUCCAGAGGGAGAAGGUGGAGGUGCAGCUGCCAGAAUUGUAUCACAAAAUCGGGGUGGGAGCAAUGACGUGGUCUCCCCUGGCCUGCGGGAUCAUCUCAGGGAAAUACGGCAACGGCGUCCCUGAAAGCUCAAGGGCUUCACUCAAGUGCUACCAGUGGCUGAAGGAGAAGAUCAUCAGCGAGGAGGGCAGGAAGCAGCAGGGGAAGCUGAAGGACCUGUCCCCCAUCGCCGAGCGCCUGGGCUGCACGCUGCCACAGCUGGCUGUUGCAUGGUGCCUGAGGAACGAGGGGGUGAGCUCUGUCCUUCUGGGAUCCUCCAACCCCGAGCAGCUGAUCGAGAACCUCGGCGCCAUCCAGGUCCUUCCAAAGAUGACAUCCCAUAUUGUAAAUGAAAUAGAUAAUAUCCUGGGCAACAAGCCCUACAGCAAGAAGGACUACAGAUCCUAAUGCAAUGCAUGAAUUUCCUGGACUGCAUGGUUUAGAAGUGCUCUGUACUCCAGUACAGCCCUGAAUUACUCUCAUGAGAAUCAUUCAGCACUUGCUGCUCGGUGUCUACUGUCACUGGAUCCUUCGAGAUGUGUGCUCUUGCUACUACUCUGCAGUGAAUUUAAAAGCACAGUUGAUCUCUCUUCUAACCAAGAAUAACCUUGUAUUUUCUUACCUUCUUGACCGAGUUCAUUAAUUUUUACUUUACUCUUUGCACCUCAUGCUUGUGCUGUGACAAACACUUGUAAAGCAAAAAAAAAAAAAAAAACAAAAACAACAAAAAAAAAAUUUAUAACCUUCAGGUACUUGGUAAUUAAAGAAGGAUGUACAGAUCUAUUUUUUCAAUGAAGAAAAGCCAGAUACAACUUCAGGUUUUAAUAAAACCAUGUUUGGGAAAUCUCAACUAUAAUGUUUCUUCAGGUUAACAGAUGGAAUGGGCAAGCUCAAACUUUGCUUUUUUACGCUGAAUAUAAGCUCUAGGAUUUCUUUGUAGUUGAAUAAAGGCUGUAAGACAGAGAACUAGCUAGCAAUUAGGUAGUUCAGCUCCUAAUUUUACAGCUGUUCCAGCUGUGGAGUGGAGCAGUGCUAGGAAGCCCAAACACGCAUGUCAGGUUACUGAACAGAACAGCUCUGCAAAGUUCUCCAUAAACCUUAAGCCAAGAAAGCCAUGAUUAAAUAUUGGGUUUUGCAUCUAUAGAAACCUGCCUCUACUUCUGCCUGCUUGUAGACAGAGCUACUGCAAAUUUCAAUAUUCAGGAGCUUUAAAGGAUCUAGGUAUUAUAAAUAUACACAAUAUAUAGCUGCUGAGAACUGCAGGAACAAUCAGGUACAUACUCCAAAAGGCUACACCUGCUUCCACUUGCUUUGGAACUGGGAGUAAGUAAAUGUAUAAGACGCAUUUUAAACAGAUUUUUGUGAGCAUUUACAGGAGUUGACAGGAAGAAUUUACAUCCUAAUUGGCCCAGCUCAAGCCCACGUUGUAUCUCCCCAAGGAUUUGCUCUGUACCAUGCUCCUCUGAUUUCAGUCUGUAUUUCUCCCGUCCCUGCUGGGACACAGCUCUGUACAGUAUUUGUAGGACCCUUGUACUCCCCCCCCUGCAGCACUCACCUGGGCCAGGUGAGCAGCUCCCCACACCUGAGUGGUCUCCUCCUGUAUCUGAAGCUGUGGUUGUGUGUAAAUGACUCCUGCUGUACAUGAGAAAUGCAGUCUGACUGGAAUUCUGCUUGGACGCAAUAAAAGCAUUUUGUGCAUCUA